UGCCAGCGGCGUGAGCUUCGGCCGCCAUUUUACAACAGCUCCACUCGCGCCGGACACAGGGAGCAGCGAGCACGCGUUCCCCGCCAGCCGACCCGGUCGGACAGGAUUCCUCGGCCGCAGCCCCGCGGGAAGAUCUCUGGAAACAUGGCUACAGAACAUGUUAAUGGAAAUGGUACUGAAGAGCCCAUGGAUACUACUUCUGCAGUUAUCCAUUCAGAAAAUUUUCAGACAUUGCUUGAUGCUGGUUUACCACAGAAAGUUGCUGAAAAACUAGAUGAAAUUUACGUUGCAGGGCUAGUUGCACAUAGUGAUUUAGAUGAAAGAGCUAUCGAAGCUUUAAAAGAGUUCAAUGAAGACGGCGCAUUGGCAGUACUUCAGCAAUUUAAAGACAGUGAUCUCUCUCAUGUUCAGAACAAAAGUGCCUUUUUAUGUGGAGUCAUGAAGACUUACAGGCAGAGAGAGAAACAAGGGACCAAAGUAGCGGACUCUAGUAAAGGACCAGAUGAGGCAAAGAUUAAGGCACUCUUGGAAAGAACAGGCUACACACUUGAUGUGACUACCGGACAGAGGAAGUAUGGGGGACCACCUCCAGAUUCUGUUUAUUCAGGUCAGCAGCCUUCUGUUGGCACUGAGAUAUUUGUGGGGAAGAUCCCCAGAGAUCUAUUUGAGGAUGAACUCGUUCCAUUAUUUGAGAAAGCUGGGCCUAUAUGGGAUCUUCGUUUAAUGAUGGAUCCACUCACUGGUCUCAACAGAGGUUAUGCGUUUGUCACUUUUUGUACAAAAGAAGCAGCACAAGAAGCUGUUAAACUGUAUAAUAAUCAUGAAAUUCGUUCCGGAAAGCACAUUGGUGUCUGCAUCUCAGUUGCCAACAAUAGGCUUUUCGUGGGCUCUAUUCCUAAGAGUAAAACCAAGGAACAGAUUCUUGAAGAAUUUAGUAAAGUAACAGAGGGUCUCACAGAUGUCAUUUUAUAUCACCAACCGGAUGAUAAGAAAAAAAACAGAGGCUUUUGCUUUCUGGAAUAUGAAGAUCACAAAACAGCUGCCCAGGCAAGGCGUAGGUUAAUGAGUGGUAAAGUCAAAGUCUGGGGAAAUGUUGGAACUGUUGAAUGGGCUGAUCCCAUAGAAGAUCCUGAUCCUGAAGUUAUGGCAAAGGUAAAAGUGCUGUUUGUACGCAACCUUGCCAAUACCGUAACAGAAGAAAUUUUAGAAAAGUCAUUUAGUCAGUUUGGGAAACUGGAACGAGUGAAGAAGCUAAAAGAUUAUGCUUUCAUUCAUUUUGAUGAGCGAGAUGGUGCUGUCAAGGCUAUGGAAGAAAUGAAUGGUAAAGACUUGGAGGGAGAAAAUAUUGAAAUUGUUUUUGCUAAGCCACCAGAUCAGAAGAGAAAAGAAAGGAAAGCUCAGAGGCAAGCAGCAAAGAAUCAAAUGUAUGAUGAUUACUACUAUUAUGGUCCACCUCAUAUGCCCCCCCCAACAAGAGGUCGAGGGCGUGGAGGUAGAGGUGGCUAUGGAUAUCCUCCAGAUUAUUAUGGAUAUGAAGAUUAUUAUGAUUAUUAUGGCUAUGAUUACCAUAACUAUCGUGGUGGAUAUGAAGAUCCAUACUAUGGUUAUGAAGAUUUUCAAGUUGGAGCUAGAGGAAGGGGUGGUAGAGGAGCAAGGGGUGCUGCUCCAUCCAGAGGUCGUGGGGCUGCUCCUCCCCGUGGUAGAGCCGGUUAUUCACAGAGAGGAGGCCCUGGAUCAGCAAGAGGCGUACGUGGUGCGAGAGGAGGUGCCCAACAACAAAGAGGCCGCGGGCAGGGAAAAGGGGUCGAGGCCGGUCCUGACCUGUUACAAUGAAGACUGACUUGCUAUGUUGGAUUACACCAGAAGCUUGCAGUGGAGUAAUGGUAAGGAAAAUCAAGCAACUUUAAAUAUCUCGGCUGUAUAGGAGCAUAUUCUAUUGCAGAAGACCUUCCUAUGAAGAUCAUGGAAUCAAAUACGGGACAUUGAACUAAUACUUGGACUUUGAUAUGAAUUUCUUUAACAAUUUUCUCUGCAGUGCAAGUUAUUAAACUAAAGCUACUCUAUUUUCCAAAUGUGUUCCAACAAAAAUCCUUCAUAACUUCUAGCAUGGUAUCUUAAUAAAGAAUAAAGUUCUUCUCUUUAAAAAAUCUGCUCUAAGUAGAUUUUUCCCCUCUUUUUAAUUAAGGAUCUCAGCAGUGGUAUUCUGAAAUAUUCUCUUAAAUUUGUUCAUUUAAAUUUUAUUGCAGUGAUAUAGAUGAAUGCCACUGUUGGUAUCCUUAAAUUUUAUUUCUGCUCACCAAGGUUAAUCAUGAUUGUCUAUAUCUUUUUUAUAGUAAUCACUUUUGAAUUGUGUUCAGAUGCAGUUUCAGGUGUAAUCAUCAGAGCUGGUUAGUCAGGCAUUCCAGAUAGUGGUUCUUUUCAGAACCUUUUUUAAAGGGUUGGUUAACUACCUCAGUAGCAGAGGAUUGAACUAUACCCUGUCUGUACUGUACAUAGAAAAAUCUUUGUAGAUAAAAGCAAGGCUUGUUAAAUAUGAUAUGAGGGUAAGAUUUUAAUAAACCAAAUGUAACAUUCUUAGUUGCCUUUAGUUUCAGAGGCUUGUAAGACUUCCUCAUGACCAUCAUAACAGGCCUUGCUUUUGUCGUAUUUUGUGGCUGAAAAAGCAGCCUUGCUUCUUCAGAUAUGUAGUUAUUUGGAUGUAUAAUAGUUUAGCAAGAUGUUACUUUUGUAAGACAUCAGAUGUUCAAAAAAGUGCAUCCGAACUUGUACUAAAUACUGCAGUGUCCCUUUAUAAAAAGUCAGACUAAAACUGACAGUUGUACAGCAAAGCCUGACAUUUGGAUAUUUUGAAGUUUUUUCAUAAAUCAUAGAAAUUAGUAUAUGGCUGUAGUUUAGCUUUUUAGGUAAAAGGUAUGUUUCAUUAGUGCAUUUGUUACUGCUGAUCACUAUAAAAAUGUGAAUCAGCUUUCCAUUUCUUAUGCAGGUCAUGAUAACUUAUAGAGUAGAGUACAAUCAUUUGUGCUAUGUUUUUAAUUUUCUAAAGCACCUUGAUGACAGUGAGUGUUCAGUGGUGAAGCAUCCUCUAUUGAAUCACCCUCAAAAGUUUUUUGCCAAGUCCUAAGUUGAUAGCUUAAAGUCGAAAGUGAAAUUAUAGUUUAAGUAGGACUUGGUCUAAAGAAAUACCUUCCCCUUCCCCAAAGGGAUACUGCAGUUAUAUCACAUAACCAAUAGGCACCACGAUGAAGAUCAGAGCUUAUACCUAAUUAAGGUUUUAUACACACCAGUUUCCCAGUAAAUGCAAAUUUAACAAGAAAAUUAGACAUGUCAUAUGUUCAAAAUGCUCAUGGCAAACAAUCAUUUUGCAUUCCUGCAAAUAAAAUUGUUUUAUACUGUAA